AUGUCCAUUCAGCCACUGAUCACCUUCAAGGCCGGCCAGUGCGAGCUCACGCGCCGAGAUGGCAACCAGCAGACGGUCAAGCCAAUCCCGACACCUGGUUACGUCUACCUUUACCAGGGAGAAGAUGAAUUCGUGCACUUUUGUUGGCGACCCCGCGACAGGCCCCUCGACCAGUCCGAGCUUGACCUCAUCAUGAUCCCCGGCGACGGCUCCUUCCUCCCAUACACUGGCAAAGAGUCAGCAGAGGACUCGGACAAUCUCAGAUCACCUACCGAUGGCCGCAUCUACGUUCUCAAGUUCUCGUCCAGUUCACAGCGCUACCUCUUCUGGUUACAAUCCAAGUCGGAACACCCACGUGGUGCCGCAUGGUUCAGCGAGCGUGAUCAAAAGAUUGGUCAAAUCGUUGACCUGCUACUGACAGGCGAGGAAAUCGAUGUGCAGGCUGAACUUGCCGGUCUCUCCGACCCACACGGCGGCAACGACGAAGACGAGACGAUGGAAGACGUAGACCAUUCAUCUAGCCGAAACCGCCACGGUAGCACCGGAGGCGCUGGAGCGGAUGCUACCGGUGGAGAUAUCCGAGAGGAGGGUGAAGAGUCCCGUGAAGGAGGUGCUGACGGCGGCAGAGCAGCCGCGUCAGGCGAUGUCUCAGCAAUUGUCUCCAACUUCAUGGACUCGCUCAAAGGCAGCAACAUGGGCGGCGGCAGCAGCUCGCGCCAACAAGGUUCCGGCGCACCCUUCACCACGCUCCUCGAUCUUCUCUGGCCCUCGCACACCGUCCCCACCGUUCAAAACGCAUCAGAUGACAUCAUCGACGCUCUCUGCGCCCAACUCCCCACCACGCCAUUCCUCCUCGAAGCCGAAGUCGAAGACGUCGAACAAAUCGAUCCAAACUCUGAGACCGCCCAAAUGGCUAUCCAGACGCUGAGCCGCGAGGAGAAAAUCGACGUUCUCACCAGGAUUCUGCGCGCACCACAAUUAAGGGCUGCGCUGGGUAGUCUGACUGAAGCGCUCAAGACGGGUGCGUUGCCGACGGUUAGUCAAGCCCUGAAAGUUGAUGUUGAGAACGGGGGUUACAUGAGGGGUGGCGCUAUGCCACUAGGUGGCGGAGAUGCGGUCAAGGCGUUUUUGGAUGGUGUGAAGAAGACGGUGGAGAAGGAGAAGAAGAAGGGUGGUGAUGAGAUGGAUACGAGCUAG